CAUCAAACUAAUUUAAUCAUUGUACAAAACCCCAUUAAAACCCACAAAAUUUUAGCUUCAUCAUUCCAAGAAAACCCAAAUGAGAAUGGAAGGCUCCAUUUUGAAAACCAUGGCAUACUCUUUUGCCAUAUUGACUGUCUAUACUCUUUUGAGAGUUGUUUACAGCAUCUGGUGGAGACCCAAAAGCCUGGAGAAGCAGCUGAGGCGGCAAGGCAUCAGAGGUACUCAUUACAAGCUUUUGUUUGGAGACGCGAAAGCUAUGAAGCAGUCAUUCAUGGAGGCACGCUCCAAACCCAUGGCUUUGAACCAUUCUAUUGUUCCUCGUGUCAUUCCAUUCUACCAUGAAAUGGCUCAAAAAUAUGGGAAAGUUUCAGUGAGUUGGCACUUUACAACGCCAAGGGUGCUGAUAGUGGAGCCAGAGCUGAUGAGGAUGAUAUUAAAAUACAAGAAUGGUCACUUGCACAGGCUGCCGGGAAACCCUCUUGGGUAUCAUCUGUCACGCGGACUAUUAUCCUUGGAAGGUGAGAAAUGGGCCAAAAGGAGAAAGUUACUCUCACCAGCUUUCCACCUUGAGAAGUUGAAGGGUAUGAUGCCAGCAUUUUCAACAAGUUGUCACGAUUUGAUAGAACGGUGGAAGAACUUGGUUGGUCCUCAAGGAACAUAUGAACUAGAUGUAAUGCCUGAAUUUCAGAACCUUACUGGGGAUGUUAUUUCUCGAACAGCCUUUGGAAGCAGCUAUGAAGAAGGAAGGAGAGUGUUUGAACUUCAGAAGGAGCAAAUUGUGCUAGUCAUGGAAGAUUUUCGAAACUUUUACAUACCUGGUUUCAGAUUUGUGCCCACUAGGAAGAACAAGAGGAGAUAUUAUAUGGACAGUGAGAUCAAAGCGAUGAUAAAAAAAAUAAUUCUCAAGAAGAAGCAGACCCUGAAGAAUGGAGAUCCAGGCAAUGAUGAUCUACUAGGUUUACUGCUGCAAUGUCAGGAACAAACUGAUAGUGAGAUGACGAUUGAUGAUGUGGUAGAGGAAUGCAAGUUGUUCUACUUUGUUGGCCAAGAGACCACUGCUAACUGGCUAACAUGGACAACUCUCCUCUUAUCUAUGCAUCCCAACUGGCAAGAGAAGGCAAGAGCAGAGGUUUUACAGAUAUGUGGGAAGAAAAUGCCUGAUAUUGAAGCCAUAAGCAACCUCAAAAUUGUGUCCAUGAUACUACAUGAAGUCCUAAGGCUGUAUCCACCUGUGAUUAUGCAGUUCAGGCAUACUGGUGAAAGAAUCAAUAUAGCAGGUAUGUGUAUCCCAGCUGGGGUCGACCUUGUGUUGCCAACUGCGCUUCUUCAUCACAGUCCUGAGUACUGGGGAGAUGAUGUUGAGGAAUUUAAACCAGAGAGAUUCUCUGAAGGAGUUUCAAAGGCAUCAAAGGGUGAUCAGACUGCAUUCUAUCCAUUUGGGUGGGGGCACAGGAUCUGCUUGGGUCAAGGUUUGGCAAUGAUAGAAGCAAAGAUGGCUCUAGCUAUGAUUCUGCAACACUUUUGGUUUGAGCUUUCACCCACUUAUACUCAUGCUCCUCAUCGUAUUAUUACUCUUCAACCUCAAUAUGGAGCUCCAAUUAUACUGCACCAAAUCUAAGUUACUACUUGGAUGUCAAUCUCUUCUUGUCCAAAGACAAGUUCUAUAUCCUAUGUUAUCUAAUUUAAGGAAAUGAGACUUCAGACAUUUUAGCAUC